AUGAAAAGCGACUGUUUUUGGCAGCGACGAGGGUCCAAGCGAACUCGGAGCGUAGUCUUGGGGAGCCAAGAGACGCGUGACCUCUUGCGCACUCGCCGCCGACGGCGAUAUUCUCUCGCUCACACUAAAAACAACAACAAACGCUGUUGUUGCACAGGGUCUGCGCCAGUCCGGCCGACCGCGACAUCUCGGCAAAGAGCGGUUCAAAAUAUUGUAGUAUACGAAAGGAAUCAUUCAUUUUGAUAAGCUGUGUAUAUUUCGAAAGUUAUCUAGACUCAAAUUUCAUACAAGCAAAAAAUACUUUGAUUUUCUUUCCAAUAAAGUUAAUGAAAACUAACACUUGUUCUAAUCUGUGGAAAAAAAGAAUAGUUUCAAUUCAAAAACCGACAGCCAUUUAGGUUUCUCAGCGGAACGUCGUCCUUCUUGGUAUGAUAGAAAAAAAUAGAUUUUAUUAUUUUUUAUUAUUCUGCACAUCAGACCAAAUUCCACUUAAGAAACAAGUUCAGCACUAAAACUUUUUUAGAAAGCUCUCAAAAGUAUUUUAAAUCUUCCGGACAUUUCUGAAAGAUUUUAUUUCGAGCUAUUCGCUUGGAAAAUGUCACAUGAGAGACGUAGGUUUUUUCGCAUAGAAAAUUUUCGUUUUUUGUCUAUUUCCAUUUUUCUUUUUCAGAUAGUUUGGUGUUUUUUUAAUGUAGAAAUAUUGUCAGAAACAUAAAAAGUUAUUCAAAUUAACUUCAUUUUACCGCCCCUAGAACAUUGAAAAUCAAGAAAAUCCUUUCUUUUUUUUGCAAAAAAAAAAAAACGCUUCAAGUACGAAGUGUCACAAGUUCGAAUUGAUUGUUGAGAAACUAUCGAGGAUCGGCAAGAAGAGUCUUCGAAAUUUUGUGUCACUUGCAUCCAUUAUUCUGUCCAGAUUUUGCCUUUUCCUGUACAAAGCGGUUCGCGAGACGCGAACGUAGCUUUGGGCAACGACCCAAAAACAGGCGGCCGCAGAGAAAAAAGGAGUGGCGCCGGCUUGGGCGGCCGCUCGCACACGCUUCGAUCAGCUGUUUGGCUGUGCUGGCGCGUGUCUUCUUUCCCUCGCGUCCACUUUUUGGCGCCAUUUGGUCAGCUCAAGUUCAUUCAUCCCACUAACAUUUUCCUUUCAAACUUUUCGAACAAGAAUCGAGGCCAAGGUUUUGAGGCCAUCAUCGAUUGUCUUUGUCUCCCUUGUCUCGAUCAUAUUCUAUCGUCUUUUUCGCGUCAACAAAACCAUCUUCCACACUUUUUUUUUCUAUUUUGAAGCAAUUUUUCCUUGCAGUGGCGUUUUCGUUACUGUUGACAAGAAGAAAAAUCACGGGAAAAUGAAUUCAAACAUAAAAUAAUUGAAGUUAAAAUGGCAAAUACAAGCCUCUAAAAAAGUCGAUAGAUUUAUGCCAUUUCAAUUCUAAAAUACUUGAGUGCUUUGAACUUUCAUCAUGAGCUUCACUGAAAAACUCGAAACUAUAAGAAAAUCUCUUCGUUGACUUUACAUGACAGUUUCUUUUUACCAAAAAUUGAGCGCGGCCAACUGCACUUUGCUCACGCUCCUGCAGGAUUCCCCUCUCCCAACCGUUGUUCUUUCCAGGUGGCGGCCAGAUGAAGGUUCUCGAGAAUUCUAGCAAACACAACACACCCAAGAAGCAGAAGACCUUCCAGGUUUUUAAUUUUUUCUUUAAAUUUUAAUUGAAAGCUCUUAUAAGAGCUUAUAAAUAUACUCCGUGAAUCCCAUGUAAGUUUUUCAAACAGAAAUAAGUGAAUUGAGCGGUUCAUUUCACACAAGUAGAAAAAGAAGUCAAAAAUUGACUACUAUUAUAUAAACUUGAAAAACUUUAUUAUCUUUCUAUCAAUGGAGAUUUCGCAAAUGAAUCAAAGUUCAGAACAAAACGAGGUUUUUUUUUCUGAAACAAACUUCAAUAUAUUUAGCACAAUUUAAAAUAUUCUUCUUAAAAAUUAGAACCAAGCUUAUGCCGCUUACUGUCCAGUACACUGUUCCUAUUCAUCUAACUUCGAAGAGAAGCAAAUAAUUCAUGAAAAUCCGUCAUUCGGGGGCAGGGCCUGUGAUGCUAUAUUAGUAAUCCUAGUAAACCGAAGACGAAGAUAUGAAAAAAAAAAUUAUGCUUCGGAAAACGUUUAGAUUAGGUAGAGGAUGAGAGAGAAAUUGUUUUAAAAAUUUCAAAAAAGAACGACUAAAAUCGGGAAGAAAAAAAGAUUGCAGCACUAUUUGCCGGCCGGAGACAGAUGCUACAGCUGCGUUCACUGCAGGGCGAAUCUUGCUUCUCACAACGAUCUAAUUUCUAAGGUUUUCAUCCCGGAAAUUCGGAUCUUCUUUUUUUUUAUUAUUUGAAAAGAAGGAAGUUAUCAUUUUCAGUCAUUCCAAGGGAGCCAGGGCAAGGCUUAUCUCUUCAAUGCCGUGUGAGUUGUUUCUCGCCUUUUUCAUGUAACUUCUUCAAGUUGAGAAGAAAUUUCUCAGCCCUGAGCUUUGAUGAAUAUUUGAGUACAUUCUCUCAUCUUUUGAAAACGUAGUCCCUACGUCAUGCUUUUUGCCUCGAAGAGGAAACAUUUCUAAAUUCUGCCUCUGGCGUAGCAAGGAACCAGAAAUCGCCCAGCGGAAAAUGACAACUUCCGUUUAUUAAUAUCUUUUAAUUAGCAUGUUCCUGACCCGUCUUCUUCUUUGCUCAGAAAUAUCACGAAUAAUGAGGACAUGAAAAAAAAAAACACAAAUGAACGUUAGAUACUUUUUCGACUUUUCAAAGAAAAUGAACUUUUUCGAUUUUUCAAUGCAAAACGAGCUAAAAAAAGACGCAGAGAACAGUCUGAAAACCUGACCAGUUUCCUUUUUUUUUGAGCUCGGUGACACCCUAAAGUGCUAGCCGAGGUCGCUUGCCCUCAAAUAAUCGCAGAGUUCAAACGACGGACAAAUCGUGACUCAGAGCUUUCUACGAGAACGCAAAAAAGCGUUUUUUAAUAGAAGAUAAUGCAAAAACCUCAAGAAAUCGCUUCAAAAAUAUGAAUAUUCUUGUUUUUUUAAAAAAAGAUAGAUUCUGAUGGUUUUUUUUCAGAAACUGGCAAAUGGACUUGUCUUAUUCUGAGUCCAGAGAAAUACUGGAAUCAUUGUAAUUUGAAAAAAACUUCGAAAAAAAUUUCGAAUAGUAUUCAACACCGUUUUAAAAAUGUUUCAAUUUUUUUAAAUUUUGUUUUUGUGAAAGGUAAAAAUAAUAAUUUUUAAACAACGAAAAAAAGAUAUUAAUCGUUCAUUAGAAUAAUAUGAGAUUUUUUUCGAUAUCCAGCAUAAAUAAGAAAUCAUGAUUAAACACAACGGCGGAGACUCCGUCGCGAAAUCUGAAGGAGAGGAGCCAUGAAUCUGUUGGAAAAUAGGGGAAAAAAGUAAUGAAAUAUUAUUCACGGAGUAAUCAAAUCAGUUGCGAUUCAAUGACGAGAGUGAACAAAUUUUUGUCAGUUUUGUACGGUUUGAUUUUGAAGUUUAUUACUACAAUACUUCUGAAAGAUUUUGUUUGUAUGUGUGAAGUUUUAGAGAAAAAAUUAUCAGCUGCGAAAUCGAAGAUCUGGCAUUAAAUAUCAAAAAUUUUGGCGUCAUAUUUUGCCUAUCAAAAUUUUUUUUAUCGUUUGACUGUAUCUUCCUCUCUUUUUCGGAAAAUGAAUAACCAAAAAUUUAUAAACUAAAUGGAGGAAAAGAAAAUUUAUAAAAAAAAGUGUUUGAUAAUUAGUACUCGUGAUCGAUUGAUGAUACCGUGUUAAAUUUAAAAGAGAAACAUUUACAGAGUAAAUGUGGGCUGCGGACCAGCAGAGGAAAGAGUUCUGCUGACUGGGCUUCACGCGGUGGCCGACAUCUACUGCGAGUGCUGCAAGACGACGCUCGGCUGGAAGUACGAGCACGCAUUCGAAUCCAGUCAGAAGUACAAGGAGGGCAAAUACAUCAUUGAGCUGGCGCACAUGGUCAAGGACAACGGCUGGGAUGAGCACACACGAAAAUCUUCUUCUUCCUCUUCGUCCUCUUCAUAA